CUCCCCUCCCCUCCCCUCUGACCACCCUGGACCCCAGGGAGUCUCUCACCCUCUGGAACCCGCAGCCCAUUGCAUGCCACAAUAAAAGGUGCCAGCGCCUUGGCAGCGGGACCCGGGAUGCCACCAACCAGAGCAGCCGCUGCCAUGGGAACCGUGGUCCUGGCCCUCGCCCUCCUGGGCACUGCAGCCGCCACGGCCGACAACUGUCCAGAAGUGAAGGUGCUGGGGCUGGAGGCCGACAAGCUCACCAUCCUCCGGGGCUGCCCAGGGCUGCCCGGGGCCACGGGGCCCAAGGGAGAGGCAGGCGCCGAGGGCAGGAAAGGAGAACCAGGCCCAGCAGGAGUCCCUGGGAAGGCGGGACCCCCCGGGCCCAAAGGAGACCAAGGGGAGAAGGGCGCUCGUGGAGAGAAAGGUGAGGGCCUCCCGCCCUCCCCAGGGGUGGCUUCCGGGACCCUGAACACAAGGGGGUUCCCAGGGUGUGGAGCAGGGGCUGGGUGGAGAGCAGGCCCUUCCCUCUACGGGGAGGGCGGGAUGGGGACCACGCUCCUCUCCGAGCCUGUGCAGCCCAUCCCUCCCGUCCCGGCCUCGGACCCCUGAGCAGGGCCGGCCCUGUCCUCCCGGGUCUCUGCCUGGGGCUCGAGGAAGCUGGGCAACAAUUAAAACACAACGUCGGCCAGAGGCUGUGAGCCAAGCUGUGGGCACAGACGAUGAGCAGACGUGGAACAUGUGCCCUGAACUACCCAUGACACGCGUGUGACCCUCACACAUGUACACGCUCCACGUGCGGGUGCAGAGUCGAUGACACAGAAACCUUCUCCAC